CGGAGCGAAGAAGUGAAGACGGGAAGUGCAAUUCCUGUGAAGAUUUUGUGGGUAAUUCGGCUCUCAUCAGGGUCUAGCUCGGCAUACGCCCUUCCAAAAUAAUUCAGGAUCCAAUUCGAAUCGCUGCUCCUUCCCACCGACGCCUAGGAGCUGAACCAUGGAGCCCGAUGUGAAAAUGGAGACGGGCUCGGCAGAGGGCGAGUCUGCGGCAAUUUUCGGUGCAAUUGACAUGCUGCUCUUGGUGGUCACUGUUGGUGUGGCUGGAUGGCUCCUGAUGAAGAAACUGCGUCCUCAACAGACACCCUCCAUCAACUAUGACGUCCAGGUCGUGCAAUCUAUGUACGAGUCGUCGUCAAGUUCAGAGACCUCGUUUGUGCAAAAACUGCGAGCCUCGGGCAGGAGUCUCGUGGUUUUUUACGGUAGCCAGACGGGCACAGCCGAAGAAUUUGCGAGUCGUCUGGCCAAGGAAGGAGUCCGGUUUCGCCUCAAGGGCAUGCUGGCCGACCCUGAGGAAUGUGCCAUGGAGGAGUUGGCCAUGAUGAAGGAGCUGCCCAAUUCGCUGGCCCUUUUCUGUCUGGCCACCUACGGCGAGGGUGACCCCACAGAUAAUGCUCAAGAGUUUUUCGAGUGGCUUCAAAACGGAGACACUGAAUUGGCAGGCCUUAAUUAUGCUGUGUUUGGAUUGGGAAAUAAGACUUAUGAACACUACAAUGAGAUGGCCAAAUAUGUGGACAAACGCUUGGAGGAAUUGGGAGCAACUAGAGUUUUUGAGAUGGGCCUGGGAGACGAUGAUGCCAAUAUUGAAGACGAUUUCAUCACAUGGAAGGACCGUCUUUGGCCUGCUGUGUGUGAAUUUUUCGGCAUCGAGGCUUCUGGUGAGGAAGAAAGUAUUCGCCAAUUCCGCCUUACUGAGCACACCGAAGUUGCUCUCGAUAGAGCUUAUACAGGAGAGGUUGCUCGACUCCAUUCGCUCUCUAUGCAGCGCCCGCCGUUUGAUUCCAAAAAUCCAUUCAUGGCGCCUGUGCUGGAGAGAAAAGAGUUGUACUCCGGUAGUGACCGCUCGUGCAUGCACAUAGAAUUGGGAAUCACCGAUUCCAAAAUCAGAUAUGACGCAGGUGAUCAUGUGGCUGUGUACCCUGAGAAUGAUAAAGCUCUGGUCGAACGAAUUGGUGAGCUCUUGGAGGUGAACCUGGACAUUGUCUUCACUUUAACCAACGUAGAUGAGGACUCUAGCAAAAAACAUCCCUUCCCUUGCCCUUGCUCUUACAGAACGGCUCUAUCUUUUUAUGUUGACAUUACAUGCAAUCCUCGAACUCACGUGCUGAAGGAGAUCGCUGAGUACACCUCUGACCCUGAUGAGAAAGCAAAACUCAAGCUAAUGGCAAGUACAUCGGUCGAGGGCAAACAGGAGUACCAGGACUGGAUCAUUAAGGAAAAUCGGUCUAUCGUGCAUGUUUUGGAAGACCUGCAAUCUUGUAAACCAAAAUUGGAUCAUUUGCUGGAGUUGAUGCCUCGUCUGCAGGCCAGAUACUACUCCAUCUCGUCUUCCCCCAAGGCGCAUUCCGAUAGGAUUCAUGUGACAGCAGCUCUAGUGCGCUAUGAAACCCCAACAGGUCGCACUGUCAAUGGCGUUGCCACAAGUUGGCUCGCCAAGAAGGCCCUAGGUGAAAAAAUUCCUGUUUUUGUUCGUCGUUCUGCAUUCCGACUGCCAACCCGACCUCAGACGCCUGUGGUUAUGGUUGGUCCUGGCACUGGAAUUGCUCCUUUCCGAGGCUUCUUACAGGAGCGUGCCAUUGCUCUCGAGCAGGGUAAACCUGUUGGUGAGACAAUUCUCUAUUUUGGCUGCCGAAAGCGGGACCAGGACUUUUUGUACCAGGCUGAACUUGAGGAGUUCGUCAGCAAAGGAGUUCUCAAAUUGCACGCAGCAUUUUCUCGGGACCAGGCAGAAAAAGUUUAUGUAACUCAUUUGAUGAAGCAGCACAAAGAAGAAUUGUGGCGUAUUCUAGGAAAAGAGAAUGGUCACCUGUACGUCUGCGGAGAUGCUCGUAACAUGGCAAGGGAUGUGCACAACUUGGUGGUGGAGCUGGUGGCAGAGGGUGGCGACAUGAACCACGAUGCUGCCAAUUCGUACGUGAAGAAGAUGGAAGCCCAGAAACGCUACUCGGCUGACGUCUGGAGCUGAUUCAAUAGUGAAAAUUUUACUUUUUACCCCGUUUUAACAAUAAAUAAUUCUAUUUUCAAC